AAGUUCUAGAGUGAUGCUGCAUCAUAUCUACUUGAACUUUCCAUCUCAGGUUGGCCAGUACUAGCACUGCAUGGCUAGCUUCUAUAUGUACCUAUAUAGAUCACCCCAGGAAAUCUUCGUUGUUCUUCUCAUUUUCUAAGCUUCUCAUUUUCUAAGCCCACGAAUUACCAAUAUUUCCUUUUACAAUUCAGCUUCUAAAUCACUCGCAUUUGCAUUCAUGGCCUCCCAAAUAUCCUCUUUAUCUACUUCCGAAGGUACUAAGAAAAGAAAAAGAGACAAUCCAUCUUGUUUGGAAGAAGAUGAAGAAAUCAUAUCCUCUUACCCAUCUUCUUUCUCGAUGCCUCUAUGGGAAUAUGAUGUUUUCCUUCAUUUCUGCAAAGACACUAGGAGGAGUUUUGCGGAUCAUCUAUAUGCUGAUUUAAAACGGAAAGGCAUUGUCGUCUUUAGAGAGGAAGAAACACUCAAGCGAGGAAAAUACAUUUCUCAAGCGCUUCUAAAAGCAAUUCAAAAAUCACACUACGCCAUCGUCAUUCUUUCAGCAAAUUAUGCUUCUUCCAAAUGGUGCCUCAGGGAACUUGCCGAGAUUGUUGAAUGGAAGAAAAGGAUGAAUCUUAUCAAAAUUAUUCCUAUUUUUUACCAUGUGGAACCUUCAGACGUAAGAAAUCAAAAAGGGACUUUUGCAAAAGCUUUCGCCGCACAUGAAAUGGAUUCCAAGGUAGACAUCAAAGAGAUUGACACGUGGAGAAAUGCUUUCAAAGAAGUGAGCAGUAUUGCCGGAUACAUAGUUGGGGACAUGUAUGAGUCGGAGUUUAUCCAAAGCGUUGUCCAAGGGAUAUCUAGAGAAUUGAUCAACAUUUUUGAUGAUGAUGAGGACAAACUUUUGUCCGAUAUGGCUCCCACCAUCAAUACUGAAAAGACCCCGUCACCAGCCCCUUCCUCUUCUUCCAAACACCGAUGGGAAUACCAAGUUUUCCUAAGUUUCGGAGGUGAAACCCGUGAUAUAUUUACCAGCCGUCUACGCAACGAGUUGUGUAAGAAAUUUAUCUCCACCUUUAAGGAUGAUUACAGACUGGAUAUUGGAGGACCCAUCAAGAAGGACCUCUUGGAUGCAAUUGAGAAGUCAAGAAUGGCGGUCAUCAUUAUUUCAAAAGAGUAUGCUUCGUCCACACGGUGCUUGGAAGAACUUGCAAAGAUUGUUGAAUGCAUGAAAGAUACAGAAAUGAAAGUUUUGCCCGUUUUCUAUCAUGUAGAUCCUAGUGAUGCGCGGAAACAGGAAGGCUCCUUCAGAGAUGCCUUUGCUGAGCACGAGAAAAAAAUUGAGAACAAAGAUAAGGUGCAAACUUGGAGAAAUGCUUUGAAAAUAGUGGCUAAUCUCUCUGGAUUCCAUUUAAAGAACGGGGAUGAGCUGAUGUUUUUCAAAGAAAUUAUUAAAAUGAUAUCUAGAGAAUUGAUCAACCUUAUUGAUGAUCAUGAAGACAACCUUGUCGGGAUAGACUCUCGUGUGAAUGAAAUGCAUUUGCAUUUAGGUAUUGGAUUUUAUGAUGUUCGCAUUAUAGGGAUAUGCGGUAUGAGUGGAAUGGGCAAGACAACUCUUGCACGAGGUAUAUUUCAAAAGUUCAAUCAUCUAUUCCGAGCUAGAAGCUUCCUUGAAAAUGUUAGUUUGGUUUCUAAAAGAAAUGGUCUAGUUGCUUUACAAGAAAAGCUCCUUUCUGAUAUGAAGUUGAAGGUUGACCAAGAAAAAUGGGAUGUGCAUAAGGGAAUUGAUGUGAUAAGGAAUAGAUUACUUUACACAAAAGUUCUUAUUGUUCUAGAUGAUGUGGAUGAAAAAGAACAAUUAGAAACAUUAGCAGGGAACUGCAAUUGGUUUGGACCAGGGAGUAGAAUCAUUGUGACCACUAGAGAUGAAUGUUUGUUAACAGCACAUGGAGUGCAAAUUAUACACCAGAUUAAAGGACUACACGAAAAUGAGGCUUUACAGCUUUUUAGCCAAGAAGCCUUUCGUAACCCUGAUCAAUGUGAAGAUCAAAACUUUUUGGAUCUAUGCAAUGACUAUGUGAGUUGCGCCAGCGGUCAUCCUUUAGCUCUUAAAGUUUUCGGUUCCUCCCUUUUGGGAAAAGGAAGAGAGGUAUGGAAAAGUUCUUUGAAUAGAAUACAAGUACUUCGUAAUAAAGAUAUUCAACAGAAACUCAAAAUAGGUUUUGAUGCAUUGGGGGAUACAGAGAAAAAAAUGUUCUUAGAUAUUGCUUGUUUCUUCAAUGGGGAAGACAAAGAUCGAGUGGUAGAUUUAUUGGAAGAUUCUGGUUGCUUCCCAAACAUUGAUAUAGAAACUCUUAUGGACAAAUCUCUUAUCACUAUUUUGGGGAGAAAAUUGCAGAUGCAUAGUGUACUACAAGAAAUGGGUCGGGAAAUUGUUCGCUGUGAAUACCCUAAAAAACUUGGAAAACGCAGCAGAUUAUGGCUUCAUGAUGAUAUCCUUAAAGUUCUACGAGAAACUUCUGGAACAUAUAAAGUCCAAGGUAUAAUGUUAAGUAACUCGUCUCCACGUCAAGAAGAGUUGAAUCCUGCAGCCUUUUUAAAUAUGAAAAAACUUAGAUUGGUUAAAAUAUGUGAUGUGAAUCUUCCACGGGGCCUCAAUUCUCUCUCUAAUUGGUUGCUACUAUUGGAAUGGCAUGAAUAUCCUUUGGAGUCCAUGCCGGAGAGCUUUCAACCAAGCAAUCUUGUUGAGCUCAUUAUGCAUCGCAGCAGCUUUGAGGAAUUACCAAUGGCUUUUCUUAAAUUAAAGAAGUUGAAAGUCAUGGACUUCAGUGGCUCUGAAAAAUUGAUGAUGACUCCUGACUUCUCUGGAUGCCCUAGUCUUCAAAAGUUAAUUUUUGAAGGUUGCACAAAAUUGUCCAAAGUUCACCCAUCGAUUGGAGCUCUUGAGCGUCUUAUACUAUUAAAUCUCAAAGAUUGUAAAUGUCUGAGUAGCCUUCUGCAUGAGAUCAACUUGGAAUCAUUGAAUCUUUUGAUCUUGUCGGGUUGUUCAAGUUUCAAUAAGUUUCCAGAGAUUGCGCAGAAUAUGAAGCUUUUGUCGGAGCUUUAUUUGGAUGGGACUGCCAUUGAGGAACUCCCAUUAUCAAUUCAACGUCUAACCGGCCUAACAUUACUAAAUCUUGGAGGGUGCAAAAAGCUUUCGGUUUUUCCGAGAGUCAUUUGUUAUUUACCUGCUCUUAAAACACUCAUUCUCUCUGGAUCAACCCCAACCUUGUUGCCAAACUUUUUUUCACGGUUGACCUCUUUAGUAGCUCUAGAUCUAAGUGACUGCAAUCUAUUGGAUGGAGCACUCCCCACCGAUCUUAGUAGCUUAUCCUCCUUGGAGUCUCUGAAUUUGAGCAGAAACAAUUUCACACGCUUGCCAGAGAGCAUUUCUCAGCUUCCAAAGCUUAAAUUUCUUUGUUUGGAUAAUUGUAGCAGGCUUCAGUUAUUGCCAAAUCUUCCCUCAACUACACAAUUUGUAAUGGCUCGAGAGUGUACUUCACUCCAAAAUUAUUUCAAUCAAGUUGUUGGGUCGACUUCAGGUGGAGGAGAAUCCACUGUUAUUAACUGCCAUAGUUUGGCGGGUGAAGAAGACAUUUUGAGUGAGGUUGCUUCCCUAUAUACACACUUUAAACCCCUGUGGAUGGAGGAGGAAAUCCAUCAAAAUGACGAAUACCAUGGCAUGCCUCAAACUGGAAUUGCAUUACCAUACGAUCUCUCUAAAGACAAUAGUUGGAGAGUAAUUGUGUUGCUUUUGAAAACUUUACUCAGCACUACGCAAGUGAAUUCUCCUCAAACACAAAAUCUUGGAAAGUGCAAAAAGCUUUUGGUUUUUCCGAGAGUCAUUUGUUGUAUACCUGCUCUUAAAAUUCUCAUUCUCUCUAGAUGUAAAGGCCAACCUCCUUCCCCCGAUUUAUUUUCAAUUGGUGCACCCCUCAUAUUGUCGUUGCCUAGCUUUUUUUCAGUGUUUACCUCGUUAGUAGCUCUAGAUCUAGGUGACUCCAAUCUAUUGGAUGGAGCACUACCCGAAGAUCUUAGUAGCUUAUCCUCCUUGGAGUCUCUGAAUUUGAGCAGAAACAAUUUCACCCGCUUGCCAGAUAGCAUUUCUCAGCUUCCAAAGCUUAAAUUUCUUUGUUUAGAUAAUUGUAGCAGGCUUCAGUUAUUGCCAAAUCUUCCCUCAACUACACAAUUUGUAAUGGCUCGAGAAUGUACUUCACUGCAAAAUUAUUCCAAUCAAGUUGUUGUGUUGCCUUCAGGUGGAGGAGAAUUCACUGUUAUUAACUGCCUUAGCUUGGCUGCACGUGAAGAAGACAUUCUGAGUGAGGUUUAUUCACUAUAUACACACUUUCAGCCACUGUGGAUGGAGGAACAAAUUCAUCAAAGUGAGGAAAAUCAUGACAUGCCUCAAACUGCAAUUCCGUUACCAUACGAUCUCUCUAAAGACGAUAGUUGGAGAGGAAUUGUGUUGCUUUUGAAAACUUUAGUUAACACUACGCUAGUGAAUUCUCCUCGAACACUAAGUCUUGGAGAGUGCAGAAAGCUUUUGGUUUUUCCAAGUGUCAUUUGUGGCAUACCUGCUCUUAAAACUCUCAUUCUCGGCAUACCUGCUCUUAAAACUCUCAUUCUCUCUGGACCUCCUUCCCCUGUUUUAUUUUCAAUUAGUGCACCGCACACCAUGUUGUUGCCUAGCUUGUUUUCAGCGAUGACCUUUUUAGUAAAUCUAAGUCUAAGUUUCUGCAAUCUAUUGGAUGGAGCACUCCCUGAUGAUCUUAGUGGCUUAUCCUCCUUGGAGUUUCUGAAUUUGAGUGGAAACAAUUUCACACGCUUGCCAGUCAGCAUUUCUCAGCUUCCAAAGCUCAAGUUUCUUGAUUUGGGAAGUUGUGUUCUAGUGUCGACUUCAGCAGGGGGGUCCGUAUAUGACGAUACUAAGUUGAGGGAGGCGUCGGGGAUUGGGUCAGCGCGCAAGCGAAAAAUGGAAGAGGCGUUUGGGCAGAGGGAAAUGGCAAAGGUGGUAAGAUUUGACAAGCACGGUCUACUCACCGCCGACUUGAAACGAGAUUUGCAGUUUUAGAUUUGAUAUAACUUGGUUAUGUAAAAAAAGGUUGACUUUGAACUAGUAGUAGGAGAGAUUUCUUGUGUAGCUUCAAAGUUAUUUUCAUUUUCAUUUUCUUGAUUUUGGAAUUCUUCAUUGAAGGUAUUGACUCAUUAUUGAACAUUCUUUGCAAUUCCACGAGGCAUUUUCAUUAUGAA